AUGGCUGAACUCAUCAAAGUUUUCUUCAUCGGUGGUACUGGUUACAUUGGUGGAUCUGUUCUUGCUCGUCUUCUUCCUCGUCAAGGCAAAGAUCUUGACAUUACUGUCCUCACUCGCUCACAAGAUAAAGCGAAACUAUUUGAAAAAAUGGGUGUCAAGACUGUUGUUGCUUCUCUCGAUGACGUUGAUAUUCUCUCCAAGGUCGCAUCCGAGUCGAAUGUCGUCUUUCAUACUGCUGAUGCCGAUCACAUCGAAUCUGCUCAGGCUAUCAUCGAAGGUCUGAAAAAAAAGAAGCAAGCUACUGGUAAAGCUCAGAUCUAUAUUCACACCUCUGGCACGGGUGUACUGGGCGAUGACGCGCGUGGUGAAUAUACUACGGAUAAGAUCUACUCUGAUCUUAAUAUUCCUCUAAUCGAAUCUAUCCCUCGUGAUGCCGUCCAUCGUGAGAUCGAUCUAGCCAUUGUCGCAGCAGGAGAAAGUGGUGAUGUCAAAACCUAUAUUAUUCUUCCUUCCACGAUAUAUGGUAUUGCCAAGAACGAACUCACUGCCGCUGGUAUCCAGAAUCCACACUCGAUCCAAAUCCCUCAACUGAUUCGCGCUAGCCUUGAUCGCAAGCAGGCUGGUAUUGUUGGCAAAGGUGUUAAUCAAUGGCCUAAUGUUCACAUUGACGAUGUUGCUGAUCUAUAUAUCGUUGUCCUGGAUGCUGCACUGGCAGGAACAGCAGCGCACGGUCGCGAGGGUUUCUAUUUUGCCGAAAACGGCGAACAUGUAUUUCUCGACAUUGCUAAUGAAGUUGCUCGUGUUCUUCAUGAGCGUGGCAUCGGUACCGAUAAGCCAAGUCUUUUUUCUGAUGAGGAAGCGAAAAAAUACUUUGGCUCGUAUUACUUGGGCUCGAAUUCUCGAGCUCGUGCUGAGCGCGGUCGUUUAUUAGGUUGGUCUCCCAAAUAUACUACGAAGGAUUUUAUUGCUUCAAUACCUGCAGAAAUUGAUGCUAUUAUCAACCGUGAUGGUGGUAAACCUUUCGUAGUUCGUGUAGAUGGACCUGCAGCUCGCCGAAAGUGA